CGCUUCCUGUCAGUCACGUGACAUUGUUGCUGUCGGUUCCUAUGGAGACUGCAAGGCUGACCCGUUGGGAAUGGCGAGGAACGAGGAGAAACAGCAAGGCCGGCUGAACAGACUGUGGCUCCAGAGAGAGCGAGAGGAAGGCCGGAUCAAAGAUGUGCAUGAGCGUAGACCUAAACUGUCUACACUUAAUUCUGCAUCCUCUGUCAAAAAGUGGAUCCCCAGCAUCAAGAGUGAGAUAGAGUAUUACUUGGAGCAGUCCCAGCUGUCGCACUAUCCGGAGAGGAAGAUCGCAGAGUUCCAGCUCUGCAUCGAAGCUUUAGAAAGAGAGUACAAAAGUUUUAUCACCAAACUGCGAGUUCUUGAUCCCUCCUGUAAGCAUAAGCCAUGGACUCCUCGAGCGUACGCCAAAAGAAGAGCUGACACACAGGACUCGCAAAGCAUCGUUAAAAAACCACGCAGCUGUGAGUCACAUGACACCAGUGGUCCAGUGAGUGGAGCUCAGACUGCCUCGGUCAGCACAUGGACAGGAAGUAGUAAAACCUCAGCCGACGAGAGACAGGAGCAUCUCAGUCAAUCGGAGAGCAGAAACCCCGUCCCGACCGAGCCUGACUUAGAUUCUUCAGGGCCGGUGUGUGCUGACCAGGACCAGCCCCUCGCAUUUGACCACACACGGCUGGCUGUGGCUGUGGCUGGGUUCAGAGGACCAUCAACUCAGCCGAGCUCCUCUCACACACAGAGCCUGGCCAGGGUGCUCCAGUCCAGCCUACCAAACCUCUGUAACUCUCCUCUGAGACAACAUUGUUCCACCCAGAAUAAAGACACUGCAGGAGUCAGAGAGGACAAGGCAGCGAUCGGACUUUUUAUUGGACAGAAGGGUUCACUUCCAGACCAGAGGUCAGGUUUUGGAGCAGCAGAGAGGAUACCAGAGAGAUCCUCCACCACUGGGACGAUGGACAGGAGGACAGAGGAUGUCCUAGGACUGGGCUGUUAUUCUUCUUCUGAUGAGGAAUGUGACACAUGACAUUUGUAGGUCACAAAGCAUAAUGUAACACAGAUAGCAAGUCUGCCAUGAGGGCUGGAUAAAAACACCAGUUGUCUGGUAAAUUGUGAUUCUUCUAUCCCUAUAUUCUUAAAAUCCCUAAAUCAGUAUUUUAAUCUCUUAAUCUUAAUGGGAGCUCUCUCCACCUGAAGUGCUGUAAAGCCUAAAGGCCAAUGUCUUGAUGCAUUUUGGAAUUUAAAACAAUGAUGGUAAAGAAGAGUUGGAUGAAAGUAAAACUAUAUAUAAGGGGCAAAACUGGAAUUUUGCAGGGUUCCCAUGUGUCCUGGAAAAGGUUGACAUUUGUAGAGUAACUUUACUGUCAGCUGGAAAUAUUAGUGGCAUCCUGGAAGGUUAUGAAGUUCUGCUCAGAUUAUAUAUUUAAAUUUGGGGCGGUAUGGCUCGGGGUAGAACAGUCGUCUGGUAAUUGGAGGGUUCCCAGUUCGAUCCUGGCUCCUCCAGAGUGUGUCAAAGUGUCCUUGAGCAAGACACUGAACCCCUCCUGUUGGGUAGCUUGGCACCUUGCAUGGCAGCCAUCAGUGUGUGAAUGAGUGAAUGUGAAGCCAACACUGUAAAGCGCUUUGAGUGUCUGGUAGACUAGAAAAGCGCUAUAGAAAUGCAGUCCAUCUACCAUAUUCCCCAGCUCACAUUGCACAUAUUUAGCUCCUGAUGCUCUCUUUCAGUACCCAUUCAUACCCUGCCAUCCUCUUUUGGCAUAGUGCACUCACGUGCAAGGAAAGCAAACUAGGUCAAAAACAUGAAACCAACGCUUUGAUCAACACAAUGUUGCCAUCACAUUUGCACAUUGUUAGUAUAUUGUUAGCUUUUUUUUCUUUUUUUUCACACAUAAGCAACAUGCUAUACAAUGUGCAAACAAUGUGUGGAUAAUAUGCAGUUUUGCGUUAAUAAAUUGUUCUCUGGAAACUGUGA